GCUGGAUAUUCUUCUAAGAGCUGGUUGGAUAUUACUUAGCUUCAUACCACGUGAUUUGUGCUUGUGUCACCAUUUCUGUGUGGGACCAAUAAAGUGCCAAUUGUUGGUAGCCAGAAGUGUGUCUUGUCUUCAUUUCUGAGUGCCUAUCUCCAACGAUCCUAUUAAAAUUUGAUACCGAACUCCUAAGCGAGGUAUCAGAAAUGUUUUAAAACAUUUUUGGUGUUGUCGGCAGGAUCGCGGAGAAUACAUUCAGAAAUGGCUUGUUGCUUUAAGAGCAAAACUGUGAAGGAGGCGGAAGUGGCCUCAAGUUUUAAGUGUAAAACUGUGAAGGGAGCGGAGGUGGCUCCCAACGAGGAUGGCGUCUCUGACUGGGAGAGCCUUGGAUUUGAAGAAAUAGGGAAACUCCUUAGACGGUACGGGGGACGCCCUAGGCUGUGGAUACGAGAAAUUCCCUUGGCAACUCCACCGCUGCUACAGCGCAUGUUAAGCAGGGUGGAAGUGAGGGACAAAGCCCCGCUGGGUGGAGUCCGAGAGAUGUUGUGGAUUUUUGCUGAAGCCUGGAAGGAAAGAACAAAGGCUUUGGAUAAAGUAUGCGCUUCUGAAAUGCAAAAAGAUAAAAAGAUAGCGCAACUUGAAGAGAAUAUUAAAGCGCUUGAAUCCGACCAAGCUAAAGCGCAGAAAAUCUUAGAGAAAUCAGUGGCUUUUAUUUCUUCUAUGGCGCGCGAGAAAAGUAACAAAAGACCGCGUCGCAUCGACCCAAAACAGGUCCGCUCCUUCGCUGUGGCACUCCAGGAAGACUGGGAGCCAGAGGGAUGGAAUGGCGACAUAUGGGGAGAUGGCGACAUGCAAUAUGGCGGGGAAAUGAAACCUCAACCGCUGUACCCACAACUUGGACAUCUCCAAGUUAAACCCAUCUCGCGGAGACGGGAGGAACAGCAUGUUGUCUUGCCCGUCUUUGAAGAACAGCGAGAUGAGAAUAAUGUACCUAUAGUUGAUAGGGAAGGAAACCCUAUAAUGAGGCGAUUAGAACAGCCUCAGCCGCCGCCCAGAAUGACGAUAACAAAAGAGGACUUCUCUCAGGAAGAGAUAGCCCAUUUAACAUCAAAGUAUCGACAAAAGCAGGGAGAACUAGCUGAUUCUUGGCUCAGGCGGAUGUAUGAGGAAGGAGCUGACGCCAUAGAGCUUGACUCAGAGGACUUUUCGCGAUUUGGAGGAUUGAGUUCAGAUUCUCGAAUGAAUGCCGAGUUCCGUGCAAACGGGAGAGCAAUGGCGGUAGGUGAUUCUUUUUCGCUAUUUGCCUUGUAUGCUAUGACAGCGCAAUCUGUGUAUCCAACGUGGCAUGAUAGGCCCGAGAUCAAAGGGCCUUGGGUAACCAGCCGCGACGCAAUUCACAGGAUGGGGAGAUUGUGUACGCGCGAGUCGAUAUCGCGAGCGGGUCAUGCUUUUAUUGAUGAAGCAGCAGUGCUAAAGGUGGUGCGUGAUGCAAUCAUUCGAGACGCACCCUCCCACUACAGGUCUGCGAUACUUACCAUUUUGUUAGGAGCCGUCGAUAACAGCUUCAGUGACGUGAAAACGCGCUUGUUGGAGUUGGCAACUUUGGGAGAUUGGGGAGACACAGUACAUCAGCCUUGCCCUGAGAAUUACAGGUCCGAAACAGAUGGCAAACAACCGCGCGCGAAACCGCCUGAAGCCGGGAGUAGUAGGCGGGAAAUGUGGAAAGCACUCAUUGUAGCGGGAGUACCGGCAGAAGAAAUUGACGGGCUACCCACAAGUGCCGACAUGCUAGUAGACACAAGAGGCCCCAGCUAUGUGGCUGCUGUGAGAAAGGGCCGAGCGAAACCCAAGAGUAAGGGGAAAAAAAAGGACAAGAGGUCACGUACCUUUGACCUCCUCAGCUAGGAUGGAGGACAAACUCAGUCAACCAGCCAGAACAAAAUUGUCAAUCGAUGGUCAGCUGGGACAUCAGACCCCAUGUUCAAUUGGACACGGAAACCCUGAUAAAGUGAAGGGUGAAAAUGUUCCACUGCGAGGAUUGGGGGGACAAAUUGUAAAUGGAAAAGCAGUAAUUCUUCCAUUGAAAAUUGGGAAAAUGCCAAUAUGGAAAUUUGAAGUGGUCGUCACCCCCAUCCCAGAGUGGAUAAUUGGAAUGGACAUCCUGGCUGGAAUGACUUUGUAUUUGAGAAUAGGUAAAUUUCAAUUUGGAACAGGAAUUGAUGUGCGGACAAUAUUGAUGGGAAAGGUAAAAAUGACACCGUUUCCCAUAUCUUUGGGGAAAAUGCAAUCAGGACCUCCUCGAGCUGCGGAAAUUAUAGCUCAGGGGUCUGAUGCCACAGUCAGUGUUUUAUAUCAAGGAGAGGAAAAAUGGGUGAACGUACCCGUGAACAAAUGUUACAUGCGAGAAUACUAAUCAUGUUUUCUUUUGUCAAUAGUGGUAACCAUAUCUGUUGCAGCUUGGUGUGUGCAUGCUGAAGUGGGAGCUGCUGAUUGGACGACCCUCGACGGGAGGACGCAGAGAUGGAGGACAUCCGGCGCCGAGGAAUUGGAAAUGACUGGGUCAUCUGCCUCCUUGCCGUUGGUGCCAUGGUCCGACUCUCCUGGGGAAUGACCGAAGGUCAUGCGUGCGAGACAAGCCAGUUCAUCGGGAUAAGGGAAUAUAGAUUUUCAGUCAACAUCACCUGUGAUCUUCCCAUGAUGAUAUGUAAGUCCACCACCGAGGUGAUACGGGGGAGUAAGGUGACAGUCUCCGCUUCCUCCGUCAUGUGUAUGUGGGAAUUGGACGAAUGGAGAUAUAGGGGGUGUCAUGCUGAUCAUCGAGGAACGACUUGGACGGCAAUUGCAGAAGAGGAUUUCACCAUCGGGGAGGUUGGGGAUGAUGGUGAUAUGAGGUGGGGGAAGCAUCUUCUCCAAAAGAUGUUGACAUCGAACCAGCAGAUGCUGAAUCUCCAUCUUUGGUCAUUUGCAGAGCACCACAGACAGAGAUUUUGGAUUUCAGCACGGUGUACAGACAGUAGAGAAGAGUGCACAGCACACAGCUCUGAGAGGAGCUGGUACUGCGUAACGGAGGAAGAGAGGCUCAGGAGGGCUGAGAAAGACUGUUUGGGGGCGGUUAAUGAGAAAGUCCAUCAUCCAGAAGCAGAGCCAUAUUUUCAUUUUCAAAAUGUGUGGUAUAAUGAUAUCAAAUGAAGGCGACGAAUGCAGACAUGAGUGACACAGCCAAAAUGUGCAUUUUCAUUCGUAUCAUUCGUUUGUAAGUAGUUCCAAAAAAUGUUUACAUUUCAUUAUGAGGUACUUGACACAGUUAUUUACAAUAUUUUUUUCAUGUUUACACGUGUAUGCUGCAAAAAAAAAAA